AUGAGCGCUAUUCUUUCCGCUGAUGAUUUAAACGACUUUAUAUCGCCCGGGGUGGCCUGCAUCAAACCUGUUGAGACCUUGCCGCAGAAAGGAACAAACAACUCAGAGGAAUAUGAAGUUACGACCGAAGACAAAGUUCAACCGGCACCUCAGAGUACGGCGCAAAUAUCCUUGACCGAUUGCCUUGCUUGCUCGGGCUGUGUCACGUCUGCCGAAGCAGUCUUGAUUUCGCUUCAAUCCCAUUCCGAAGUUCUUAAUACGCUCGAUGCCUAUCAACCAGCACCCUUCGUCCACGGACAAGACGGUCAUAUAACUCUGCCAAGAAAGCUUGAGGAAGAUGAAAAAAUAUUCAUUGCAAGUGUGAGCCCUCAAGUCAGGGCCAGUUUGGCUGCUACGUUUGGAGUUUCGGAAACCAAGGCGGGCUUCAUGAUUGACCAGUUUCUUGGUGGCCCGCAGGGACUACGUGCUGGGGGGGAGCACCAAAACGGGUUCACUUGGGUUGUUGACACUGACAUCUUGCGGCAAAUCGUGCUCACACUCACUGCCGAAGAAGCUGCACAAAAUCUCCAAGGCGGAGACUCGCCAACGAAUAAAGAGCAGACUGCCAGCCCGAAACGACCAAUCUUGUCGUCUGCGUGUCCAGGUUGGAUAUGCUAUGCGGAAAAGACGCACCCAUAUGUUCUACCCCAUCUUUCGCGCUUAAAGUCGCCUCAGGCGUUGGCCGGCACAUUUCUAAAGUCUAUACUGAGCCGUGUCCUUGGCGUUUCGCCGUCACAGAUAUGGCAUCUAGCGAUUAUGCCAUGCUUUGACAAGAAACUAGAGGCCAGUCGGGAAGAGUUGACUGAUGAAGCAUGGAGCUACGAUGGUAUAAAUACAUCUCAAUCACCUGUACGCGACGUGGAUUGCGUUAUCACCUCGAGAGAACUACUGAUGCUGGCAUCAACUCGGAAUAUCAACCUUUCGUCUUUACCGCUUAAACCUCUGUCUUCAACAUACGCACCUCACUUCCCGGAGGCUGCAGUGGAUUCAUUUCUAUUUGCUGGCGGGCCCAAGCAAAAUUCCUUUUAUGGGUCGUCUGGUGGCUAUCUUUACUAUGUUCUUUCUAGUUUUCAAGCACGGCACCCCGGAAGCAACAUCAUCACGCAGCGAGGCCGGAACUCCGAUGUGCUUGAAUACUCGCUGGUAUCAGAAUCAGGACAGCCUAUAAUCAAGGCUGCCAGAUACUAUGGGUUCCGAAAUAUUCAAAACCUCGUCAGGAGAUUGAAACCAGCUCGCACCUCACGAUUGCCUGGUGCUAAUAGACGCGGUCCUGCUGGGUCGAAUGCAGCACCUGGCCUGGAUCAUAUAUAUGUGGAAGUUAUGGCGUGUCCGGGAGGCUGCACUAAUGGCGGUGGCCAGAUACGCAUCGAUGAUGCCCGAGAGGCAAACUCAAGUUUACUUGGCUCUUCCUUAGAUGAGUCCUCAAAUCAGACACAAAAAUCGUCGCUCCAAGAACAGCGCGCCUGGCUUGCACGUGUCGACGAGGCAUACUACUCGGCUGAUGAUUCUGAAGAAGAGUCGGAAUACGCAGCAACGAACAUGUCGAUUCCUGAUGUAGAGGCUAGGGUACACGGCAUUUUGAAGCACUGGACUGACCUUACGGGGAUUAACCUAGAGAAACUGGUUUACACGACGUUCAGAAAGGUCGAAAGCGAUGUUGGAAAGGACAAGAGCGUCAACGAUACUUCGCGGGUUGUUGAACUCGCUGGAAAGAUUGGUGGUGGUUGGUGA